UAAACCCAGCAAAGUUUAGUUCAUUCUGGAAAUGUCUGGGUUUCUGGGAGUAGAAUAUAUAAGGCGUGUGUUCUGAGUGCUGCAGCAGAUCAGAGACUGAAGACUGCGAGAUCACAUCAGUUGGUUUGAGAGAAGUGAAAGAAGAGGCAGAGACAAUGCUGAGCUGUCGGGCUUUCCACACAUCACAUCUUUGCCAGCAGCCUGUGUACUCAUUGUGGCCUGUUCCACGCAGAGUCAGUGAGCCACUUGAAUGCAAUGUGUGGAAACAGGUGGAAGAAGUGAGAAAGAGCAUGAUCUUCAUGGAGCGAGUUCUUGAGGAGCUGGCAAAAGAAUUUUGGGAGGAAAAAACAAGAAAUCAGGACAACAGACCUGAUGAUAAUGAAAAAGGUAAAAGACAAUCAGAGGACAAGGAGGGAGAUGGCUUUUGUCUGUCCCUGGAUGUCCAGCGAUUCUCCCCAGAAGAACUGAAGGUGAAAGUACUUGGAAGAAAAGUGCUGGUGACAGGAAAACACGAGAAGAAAAGUGAUGAUGGCAGCGGCUCUUCCAGCUACAAAUAUGAAGAGUUCAGGAGAGAAUUUCAGCUGCCAGAAGAUGUCGAUGCUGAAGAUCUUAACUGCUGUUUGUCACAGGACGGUCGGUUAAAGGUUCAAGCCCCACGCCUGGCACUGCCAGCUGUGAAUGAACGAACCGUGCCCGUCAACAUCACCUCGGAUACAACCAGUCCCCGGCUAAAUCCUGGUCAAGAGGCACAGAAACUGGAGAGUGGAAAAGAAUGAGGGGAACAAGGAAGAGGACGAAGUAAAAAUGGACAAUGAAAACUCAUUUACAGUUAACUUUUGUACAAUGUAAGAGUGGUUUAUAUGCAGAACUGAGUUUCUGAGACUAUGAUAUGAAGGCCUUAUGUUGAAACUUAAUUGUUUUCAUCUUGUAUGUUUGUGCUGUUAGCAGCCUUCAUAUGGAUUAUUUAUAUAUAGAUUUAUAUUGGAACAAUAAA